CUCCGAUCAGCUCACGUCCUCCAGGAAACGCUGACAAGAUGGCGACGCGACCGACUGCCGGGACGCGUCGCUCGACGAAGACCGAAUACAUCACAACAGACACUGGCAACAAGAUCUCAAGACGCUCGUUCAUUGAAGGGAAGCAAAACAUCAUGCUCGGUGGCAAGUCCGUCGUGAUGGCAGGCGUGCACAUGCGGGGCGACCUGCACUUGAUCGAAAAGCCACCAGCUGAGGGCGAGAAGCCAAGAGCUCCUCGAACAGCCAUCAGCAUUGGAAAAGCCAGCAUAAUAUCUACCAACUGCAUCUUGCAACCUCCCAUGCGAUUACAUCACGGCGAGAUGACAUUCUACCCCAUGCGCAUCGGCGACAACGUCUUCAUUGGAGCUGAAACGCACGUCUCCUCGGCGGUGAUCUCUUCUCAUGUGCAUGUUGGCGAGAACUGCGUGUUGGGUCCCUUUAGCAUGCUCAAGGAAAGCUGCAAGGUGUUGCCCAACACUGUUGUUCCGCCAAACAUGAUUGUGCCACCAGGCUGUAUUGUUGCGGGUCGGCCUGCACGCAUCAUUGGGGAAGUCGGUGACGGCUGGGGUCAGCCAAUUGGCGGUGGUGAAGGGGAGGAGCUCGUUGAGGGCGGCGACCUCAGACCGCUUGUCAGAAAGAUCGAAUGA